AUGGUUAAAAGACAGGGACCCCUUGGAAGCCGAGAAAUGGGCCUAUUGGCAUUCAGAGAUGUAGCCAUAGAAUUCUCUUUGGAGGAGUGGCAAUGCCUGGAUCGUGCUCAGCAGAAUUUAUAUAGAGAUGUGAUGUUAGAGAACUACAGAAACCUGGUCUCCCUGGGUAUUGCUGUCUCUAAGCCAGACUUAAUCACCUACCUGGAGCAAAACAAAGAGCCCUGGAAUAUAAAGAGAAAUGAGAUGGUAGCUAAAUACCCAGUUACGUAUUCAUAUUUUACCCAAGACCUUCAGCCAGAUAAAGGCAUAAAAGAUUCACUCCAAAAAGUAAUACCAAGAAGAUAUGGAAAAAUUAGUACCAAGAAGAUACGUGGACAUGAGAAUUUACAAUUUAAAAAAUACAAUGAAAGUGUGGGUGACUGUGAGGUGCACAAAAGAAGUUAUAAUGAAGUUAACCAAUGUUUGUCAACUACACAUAACAAAAUAUUUCAGACUCAUAAAUGUGUCGAAAUCUUUGGUAAAUUUUCAAAUUCCAAUAGACAUAAGACAAGACAUACUGAAAGGAAACAUUUCAAAUGUAAAAACUAUGGCCAGUCAUUUUGCAUGCUUUCGCACCUAAAUCAACAUCAGAUAAUUCAUACUAGAGAGAAUGCCUACAAAUGUGAAGAAUGCAGGAAAUCAUUUAACUGCUUCUCAAGCCUUACCAAACAUAAAAGAAUUCAUACUGGAGAGAAACCCUGCAGAUGUGAGGAAUGUGGCAAAGCUUUUAGCUGGUCCUCAACCCUUGCUAAACAUAAAAGAAUUCAUACUGGAGAGAAACCCUACACAUGUGAAGAAUGUGGCAAAGCCUUUCGCCAUUCCUCAAACCUCGCUAACCACAAGAGAGUUCAUACUGGAGAGAGACCCUACACAUGUGAAGAAUGUGGCAAAGCCUUUAGCUUAUCCUCAAACCUCACUUACCACAAGAGAAUUCAUACAGGAGAGAGGCCCUACACGUGUGAAGAAUGUGGCAAAACCUUUACCCGCUCCACAAUCCUUGCUAACCACAAGAGAAUUCACACUGGAGAGAGACCCUACACAUGUGAAGAAUGUGGCAAAGCCUUUACCUUCUCCUCAACUCUUAAUAUUCAUAAGAGGAUUCAUACUGGAAAACCCUACAAAUGUGAAGAAUGUGACAAAGCUUUUAAGUGGCCCUCAGGUCUUGCUAAUCAUAAGAUAAUUCAUACUGGAGAGAAACCCAGUGAAUGA